AUGGAUAGCAGAUAUCGGCAGCCCGAAGACUAUACAUACAGCUCCAACCUCGCCCCGGAACAGAAUCUUUUUUUCUCCACCAACAGUUCGAGUUUCGUUAGCAUCAGUCUGAACAUUCAUACCUUCGGCACAAAUUUACUACAGGACAACAUUCAAACUUCACUCAUCUACCGUGAAAAUGUCUUUCGUCCCACCGGCGACCAGAUGGCCCUGGAUGGAUUCGAGGAGACUGGCCCGAUUUUCGACCCUCAAGAUGGAAUUGAUACCGAAGUCCGCUACUCCUUCGUUGACGUGGGCGGAUUCCUCGCAUUUGUUUACAGCGAGUCCACCAACCCGGAGCAGUUCCAGGCUCUGUUCACUCGUCGAUUCCAGCAGAUGAAGCCCCAGGUGAGAGGUGGAGUGGAAGGCAGCUAUGACGUUAUGGGACUGGCCGCCUCCGGCAGCUCCUAUGCCUUCUACAAGUCUGUCACUACCAUCGAUCAUGGUGGUGUGCCUGUGGUCACCGCUGUGCGCAUGGGGCCCCCAGGUAACCUGCAGGGUAGGGGGUUGCCUAUUUUCAAUGGAAUCAUUCAGGCGAUGAUCGACCAGACAGGGGCUCUUCGCCAGCAGUAUGAUGUUGAUAUUCAUGAUCAGCAUGAGCUGGAUCUUAUCCUGGGACCCGUUCGCUCGAGCGCAAUCCCCUACGCUCCCGGCGGUCACUUCGAGUUGCAGCGGAUGCACUCCUCUGGUAGCCGCCACAGCGCUGGUAGCCCGCACGCUGCUGGUAGCAACCGCACCACUGGUAGCUAUCGCAUCACUGGUAGCCAUCGCUCCACUGGCAGUCAUGGCUCCACGGACAGCGCCUCCCACCCCAGGUAUUGCCCGUGCGGGUUCUGCAUCCAGUAG